AUGUAUUGGGAAUGUACAGCGGAAAAACUCCUCCUACCUCUGAACAAGACUAUCCUCAGGGAAAAUUUUGCAAGACUAGCAAUUAAUAAAAUAGGUCAUACGCCAAUGUGGCUCAGAAUUCAUUCAAAUAAACUAUAUUGUGUUGUUCAUCCUGACUUUCGAAGAAGUGAGUAUCGGUUAAAGAUUUAUAGAGCCACACAUUACAUCGCUAGGUUGAACAGGAUACUAAAUCAGGGGAAAUUGAGCUUACAAAAUGGAACAGAUUGGUGGUCUCAUCAUUCAGAUUGGGUCAAAGUUCCUACUGGAAGUAAUUAUCCUCCAGUAUUUUCGGUUUCAGGAGCUCCUGGAUUCGAUGACAUUGCUGGCAUACCCUUUAUGUCUUUCUCAGACAGAAUUUCGGUAAUCGAGAAUGCAGCCUUUCAACGUUUAAAAGGGUAUUCAAAAUACGACUGGACAAAUAAGAAGCCUGCAGGAUUCUUCCAUGGUUCUCUUUCUGACUGUGGUCGAGCUGUAAAUGAAUAUGCUGGAAAUAUUAAUCAUUGCGCCAGAGCUAAAGUUGUAUAUCAUGCAAAACUAUCACAGAAUCCUCUUCUUUCAGGAAUUUCAACAAUUUCUGAUUUUAGAGGUAUUGGAUUGAAUGAAGGAUGCAGAAUUUGCACGGGUGAAAAAUUGUUAGGGGAUAGCUUCAUUCAUAAUCUAUCUAGAUAUAAGUACGUUAUAGAUUUUGCUGGUGCUGGAAAUUGGAGUAGGAGGAUGAGCUUGUUGCUUCGGAGCGGUGGUUUGAUUUUACAAUCAGAAAAGAGUGGGUAUCAGUUCUAUGAAUAUUCCUUAGAACCUGGUUUGCACUAUAUUACAUUUGACCCUCAGAUUGGUAAAGAAGGAUUGGGAAAUCUAUUGUCAAGAUUAGAGUGGGCGCAAAAGAAUGACGAAAUAGCGGAGCUGAUUGCACGAAGAUCGCAGAGUUUUGGGCAAAAUUGUUUGACUGAAGCAAGUAUAGAUUACUUCGUAUCCACUUUAAUUACGAAAUACUCAAAAUAUUUGCAAGGAAACCCUAUUCCCUUUCCAAUCGUUGAUCUUUCCUCAUGUGUUUCAGAUAGGAAAGGCCGCUCAAAACUUAAUAAAAUUUGUGGAGCAUUAAUUGAAAAAUGCUGGCAUAACUAG